AAAAAACUGGAUUUGAUUAUGAAUUUGGAUUAUGUAAAAAACACCUUGAAUUAUUUGGAAUUUGGCCAGAUGAAAAAAAUAAUAAAAUUUAUAAAAAUUUAGGCUUAAUACAAGCUUUAAUUAUUUUUAUUUUUCUUGAAUUACCAAGAAUUGCUGCAAUUUUUUUAUUAAAAAAUACAGCUGACAUUGAUAUAUUGAUACAAAUUUUAUCAUCACAUUUUCCAAUUUUAAUGUCAAUUGCCAAAUUUUUCGUCAUGUGGUUAAAAAGAAAAGAACUUGCUGAAAUUAUAAAAUUUAUAAAAAAAAAUUGGCAAAUUGAAAUACCAGAUGAAGAAUAUAAAGUUAUGAUGAAUUUUGCAAAAUACAGUCAUUUUAUAUCAAUUGGAUCAAUUGCAUUAGGAUGGUCAGCUUCAAUUAGUGGUCUUAUUGUACAAAUUUGGUAUAAUACAGAAAGUCAUUUGAUGAAAAAUCUCGACUCACGUUUAUCAAUAAAUCUUCUUUGGGUUAUUUAUUUACCUUGGAGUACUAAAAAUUUUACUAGCUAUUCAUUAACAUUUUUACUUCAAUUUUACACAUCUGUACUUGUUGCUGUGAUGUAUAAUUUAUUUAACAGUUUUGUUGCAAUACUUGUUCUACAUUUUUGCGGUCAAAUUUGUUGUAUUAAAAUUAUGCUAAAUUUUUCUAUCGAAACACCAAAUAAUUUUUUUGUUAAUAUUAAAAAUAUUGCAAAACGUCACAUAAAACUUAUUAAAAUAACGACUCAACUCAAUGAGAGCCUUAAGAUGAUUAUUUUACUUGAAUUGAUGGCAUGUACUGCAACAAUGUGUUUUCAAAAUUAUUCUACAAUAAACAUGGUAUUUGAAGGAAAAAAUAAUCAUGUUUUUCAAAUUUUAUUUUCAACUACAUGUCAAUUAAUGGUGUUGGGAAAUUUAUGUUUGUAUUGCUGGACUGGUCAUCAACUGACUCUUUGUAGUAGCCAAAUUGGUGAUGCAAUUUAUGAAUCAAAUUGGACAUCUUUAAGAAGUGUAGAAAUUAAAUUGUUGAAUAUAAUUGCAUUUAAAAAAUUUACACCAUUAAAAAUAAGUGCCGGUGGUUUUUUUGAUAUGUCACUUGAUCUUUUCUUAUUAGUAAUUAAAACGUCAUUGAGUUAUCUGUCAGUAUUAUUAGCAAUGAAAAAAAGAAAAUAA